AGCGUCUUGAUGGAGUUGGACUGCCGAUUAAGUCAUAGUUUAGCUUUUAAUUUCCAUUUGCUCGUAACCUGUUGCCACCAUGGCAAAUUAUGCGUGCAAAUCAAUCUGUAAAAUGAUCACAUGAUACAUUGAUACUCUCGUAUCCGUCACUUGUCUUGAGGAGAAAAUAUUGCAUAUUGGCACAAGUUCACAAUAAAUAUCACAAGGUUUUAUAAGGUCAAAUGUAAUUAAUGCAUUCAUAGGCCAGCUUGCAACCGAAGUUUACUUUCCUUUGAUAUAUGAUAGGUACUAUGAAUGAUAAGAUUAAUCUCUACACACACAUGUGGGUUGUUCGUGCUAAAUCUUGUUUUUGAAGAAGCUUAUUGAAAAAAUCUGCUUUAAUUAACAACAGAGGUCGAAGCGUUUCAUAUUGCUUUUGCUGACACCACAAAGGACAGAAAUGAGGCCUCCAGGUCGUAAGUUGAGUCAAAGAGGCAUUUAAAGCUUUCUACGGAGUGUAAACAAGAAACAGACAGAGAUGGAAUCAGCGUCAGAGCUAAGCGACAGAGCUAUUUUAAAAGCGAGCUUUGGCAAGAAUGAAUUUUCCUUUAUGAUCGAAGUUGGCAAAGGCGAGUUUACCCUAUCUGAUCAGUGCUUGUAUUAUUGUAUGAAAUGCAUAGAACAAAGCACUGAGAACAUACUUGGAUAUAACAUUGAUUUCGAGUUCAAAACUAAUCGUGUUGUGCAAGAGAUAUAUGUUGAAAGGGCGAUAAAAAUAUGCAGAGUUUGUGAAGUAUUUCAAAUAAUGAAUCCUGGAUUAUUUGACCACUUACAAGACAAGUUACAAGUUGGGUUACGGACCAAAACUUCCGUUUGCCAUGCUCUUGGCAGCAUACAGACUUUAAUCUUUCAAGAUAAUAUUACAUGGUCUAAAAUUAUUGCGCUAUUUGCGUUCACUGGAGCCCUGGUUGUCGAGUGUAUCUUACAAGGAAAUUGCGCAUACGUUGUAAAUAUAAUGUAUUCUGUGAAACAGUUUAUGGAGAAUGAGCUAGUUGAAUGGAUAUCAAACAACAAUGGAUGGGAAGCUAUGUUACGGCAGUUCGAAUCUUUGGAUGUCACUCCUCCAAAAGAAGAUACAAGCGGUUUACUUCAUAGAAUUAAAACAUGUUUUCGACAAAAUAUCAUUGAAGCAACACAGCGUAUGGUUUGGUCACUACAAGACGCCAUAAUGGAUGCCAGUGUUACCAAUGGCCCUGGAGAAAGCAACAAGAUGAACAAGAAAAGAUUCCAAACGAAAUUUUAGCUUUAAAUGUGUUUAAUUUAGCUUAAAAACCGCUGAAGAAAGAUGAACCAAUCAAAUGCGAUAACUGUAUCAGAUUAACCAAUCACGACCCCGCAAUAGGUCAACGAAUGGUAGUGGUUGAUCCUGGUAGAUGUCGAGUAUGGAACUUGCGAACGCCAAGACCUACGCCGGUUCAAUUUAGCACUGGGAAAUCUUCGUUAAACGAUGCACCAUGCAAACACCAUUAAAAAUUUCGUAUCAUACUUCCCCGCACUUACAUGAAACUGACCAGAUUUGGAUCAUGAAUUGCUAUUUUCCUGAACUACUGUUCCUUUAACGCAAACUCGAUAAUUUUUCAAUUACUAGCAAAAUUGCAAAGCGGAG